CCAAUAAAACUCUUUCUUUUUUCUCACGAUCACACAGCUCAACUGUUCUCCUUCAGUGUAACAGCCUGUUUGGCUCCGCCCUCUCUCUCUGCUCUCUGAACUGCAGAAUCAUGAAGCCACUCCUCCCUCAGUCUGUGAGGGCAGGAAAAUGGCCAGUAUUUCAGUAGAUCAGGACCAGUUCAGCUGUCCAGUCUGUCUGGAUCUGCUGAAGGAUCCAGUAACUAUUCACUGUGGACACAGUUACUGUAUGGUGUGUAUUAAUGGCUGCUGGGAUCAGGAUGAUCAGAGGGGGGUCUACAGCUGCCCCCAGUGCAGAGAGACUUUCACUCCGAGGCCUGUUCUACGCAGAAACAAUGUUAUAGCUGAAGUGGUGGAGAAACUGAAGAAGACAGAACUCCGAGCUGCUUCUCCUGCUCACUGUUACGCUGGACCUGGAGAUGUGGAGUGUGAUUUCUGCACUGGGAGGAAACUCAAAGCCAUCAAGUCCUGUCUGAUGUGUUUGGCCUCCUUUUGUGAAACUCAUCUUAAACCUCACUAUGAAGUUGCUUCCUGGAAAAACCACAAGCUGGUCAAAGCUUCCACACGACUACGAGAGAAGAUCUGCUCUCAGCACGACAAACUGAUCGAGAUCUACUGUCGUACUGACCAAACAUGCAUCUGUUAUUUGUGCAUGUUGGAUCAACACAAAGGUCAUGAUUCAGUCUCAGCUGCAGCAGAGAGAACUGAGAGACAGCGUCAGUUAAAGGAGAUGCAGAGUGAAUCCCAGAAGAGAAUCCAGGAGAAAGAGAAGAAGCUGCAGGAGCUGAAACAGGCUGUGAACACUAUUAAGAGCUCUGCACAGACAGCAGUGGAGGACAGUGAGAGGAUCUUUACUGAGCUGAUCUGCUCCAUUGAGAAAAAGCGCUCUGAGGUAACAGAGCUGAUCAGAGCUCAGGAGAAGACUGAACUGAGUGGAGCUGAAGAGCUCAUUGAACAGCUGGAGCAGGAGAUUGCUGAUCUAAAGAGGAGAGACACUGAGCUGGAGCAGCUUUCACACACAGAGGAUCACAUCCAUUUCCUCCAGAGUCUCCAGUCUCUUUGUGUCUCUUCUGGAUCUGAAGACUCUCCCAACAUCUUCAUCAGUCAACAUCUCUCAUUUGAUAAAGUGAGCAAAUCUCUCUCUGAUCUGAAGAAGAAACUGGAGGAAUUCUGUGAAGAGACACUCAACAGAAUCUCUCCACAUGCUGCAGCAGUUCAGAUCUUACUGUCAGAACCACAAACCAGAGAAGACUUUCUACAGUAUUUCUGUCAGCUAACUCUGGAUCCCAACACAGCACAUCCUCACCUCAUUCUGUCUGAGGAGAACAGAGUGGUCAGGAGUAGUAAGAGUGUCCAGCCAUACUCUGACCAUCCAGAGAGAUUUACCCUGUGCGGUCAGGUGCUGUGUGAGGAGAGUGUGAGUGGACGGUGUUACUGGGAGGUUGAGUGGAGCAGUAGUUGGGGAUGUGUGUACAUUUCAGUCUCAUAUAAAGGAAUCAGCAGGAAAGAGUCAGGUAAUGACAGUAACUUUGGACACAACAGUCAGUCCUGGAGUCUUCGCUGUGGUUCUACUCUCUCCUUCUAUCACAACAACAUUCAGACUAAGAUCUCAGCCCCGUCCUCCUCCAGAAUAGGAGUGUAUGUGGAUCACAGUGCAGGAACUCUGUCCUUCUACAGCAUCUCUGACACAAUAACCCUCCUACACACAGUCCACACCACCUUCACUCAGCCUCUCUAUGCUGGAUUCUGGCUUCCUUAUGUUGGAUCUACUGUAACAUGCAAUCCAAAAACAGCUUCACUGUUCUCCUUCAGUGUGAAAGCAUGUUUGGCUCCGCCCUCUCUCUGCUCUCUGAACUGCAGAAUCAUGAAGCCACUCCUACUCAGUUCAGAGGAAGCGAAACUGAUCUCAGAGAGCUGCUCUCUCUCAGUCUGUGAGUGCAGGAAAAUGGCCAGUAUUUCAGUAGAUCAGGACCAGUUCAGCUGUCCAGUCUGUCUGGAUCUGCUGAAGGAUCCAGUGGCUAUUCCCUGUGGACACAGUUACUGUAAGGUGUGUAUUAAUGGACACUGGGAUCAGGAUGAUCAGAGGGGGGUCUACAGCUGCCCCCAGUGCAGAGAGACUUUCACUCCGAGGCCUGUUCUACGCAGAAACAACAUGCUGGCUGAAGUGGUGGAGAAACUGAAGAAGACAGAACUCCGAGCUGCUUCUCCUGCUCACUGUUACGCUGGACCUGGAGAUGUGGAGUGUGAUUUCUGCACUGGGAGGAAACUCAAAGCCAUCAAGUCCUGUCUGAUGUGUUUGGCCUCCUUUUGUGAAACUCAUCUUAAACCUCACUAUGAAGUUCCUUCCUGGAAAAACCACAAGCUGGUCAAAGCUUCCACACGACUACGAGAGAAGAUCUGCUCUCAGCACGACAAACUGAUCGAGAUCUACUGUCGUACUGACCAAACAUGCAUCUGUUAUUUGUGCGUAUUGGAUCAACACAAAGGUCAUGAUUCAGUCUCAGCUGCAGCAGAAAGAACCGAGAGACAGAGUCAGUUAAAGAGAAUUCAGGGGAAAUCUCAGCAGAGAAUCCAGGAGAAAGAGAAGAAGCUGCAGGAGCUGAAACAGGCUGUGAACACUAUUAAGAGCUCUGCACAGACAGCAGUGGAGGACAGUGAGAGGAUCUUUACUGAGCUGAUCUGCUCCAUUGAGAAAAAGCGCUCUGAGGUAACAGAGCUGAUCAGAGCUCAAGAGAAGACUGAACUGAGUGGAGCUGAAGAGCUCAUUGAACAGCUGGAGCAGGAGAUCGCUGAUCUAAAGAGGAGAGACACUGAGCUGGAGCAGCUUUCACACACAGAGGAUCACAUCCACUUCCUCCAGAGUGUCCAGCCUUUUCUCGUUUCUUCUGGGCCUGAGGAAUCCACCACCAUCACUGUCAAUCACCAACUUUCAUUUGAUAAAGUGAGCAAAUCUCUGCAUGAUCUGAAGAAGCAACUGGAGGAAUUCUGUAAAGAGACACUCAACAGAAUCUCUCCACAUGCUGCAGCAGUUCAGAUCUUACUCUCAGAACCAAAAACCAGAGAAGACUUUCUACAGUAUUUCCGUCAGAUGACUCUGGAUCCCAACACAGCAAAUUGUCUCCUCAUUCUGUCAAAGAAGAACGAAGUGGUGACAAACAGAGGGAUUUCCCAGCUAUAUCCUGAUCACCCAGAGAGAUUUAACCACUGGUGGCAGGUUCUGUGCGAGGAGAGUGUGAGUGGACGCUGUUACUGGGAGGUUGAGUGGAGCAGUGAGGAAUAUGUGUACAUAUCAGUCUCAUAUAAAGGGAUCAGCAGGAAAGGAUCAGGUAAUGAUAGUAAGUUUGGACGCAACAAUCAGUCCUGGAGUCUGCAGUGUUCUUCCUCUCUCUCUUUCUGGCACAACAACAUUGAGACUGAGAUCUCAGCCCCGUCCUCCUCCAGAAUAGGAGUGUAUGUGGAUCACAGAGCAGGAACUCUGUCCUUCUACAGCGUCUCUGACACAAUGACCCUCCUACACACAGUCCACACCACCUUCACUCAGCCUCUCUAUGCUGGGUUGUGGGUUUCUUCUGUUGGAUCAACUAUGACACUGUGCAAUCUGAAAUAAUAGAUAUUUAGUAACUAAAUGUGUAAUCCUUCCACUGAAGUAUAGACUGUGGAAUUUGUUUGUUCAGUUGAAAUGUACCAAAAAAAAAACAACACACAAAACAAACCUACUCACCCUAGGCUAAAGCAUACUGCCACAGCAGACAUUAAAAAUGUUUGUGGACCAUCUAUGUCUCACCUUUGAUGACUCAAUAUAUUGACAUUUCAUUUGACAUUUUGAGACAGCCCAUUUCAGUUUUUCUAGCAAAAUAACACUGUAACACUGUAAAAUAACACUAACAAGUACCAAACUUGCUUGGUGUCAAUAGUGAUUAAUCAAUUUGUUUGUAGUUUUGGAUAUGGAUAGAAAACAACACACUGUACCCUUUCAGUGAUGGGAUUGCACUUGUACAGGUCCCACAAGUACAGCUUUUGAGCACAGCUUCAAAUUCAUACACUGAUGCACAGAUAACAUAAUGAUCCAGUCCAUAACAAAGGUUAGGAAUCAAGUGCAGGUUUACUGGGCAAACAGUAGAUACAUCAGUGAUACCAGGCAGGGUCAGAAUCGUCGUAUACAGCAUAGAGAAUCAGGCAAACAGUCCAAACAAAGGAUCUGGUACUCACAAAUGAUAAAGGCAGGCAAAAAGGUCAUGACCAGAGAGGGCAUACACAAAACACAACGCUCAAGUUGCAGGACAUACCAAACAAGACUUCGCAGAGAACAUGAAUCCGUUAAAUGCGCUACAAAAUCAUGUCUGAUUUAAAACAGAUGCCAGAUAGAGGCUCAGUACUCUCGUGGCAUGAGAGAAAAUCACGGUAAUGAUCAUUUCUGCUUGAGUAUGUAUUGUAGUACCAAUAAAAAUAUUAAUAAAUGUUAAUGUUUGUGUACAGUUACAAUUUAAAAAUAAUCCUGAGCUGGCUAUAAAAUUAAAAAUAACAUCUAAAAAUAAUAAUAAAAAUUUGAUAUUACUAAAGACGAACUGUUUGAGACCUGAGACAAAUCACAGUAUGUAGUGCUGGUACAUUUAUUACACAUCCUUCUGUUUAAUAUCUAAGGUUUUGCUGCCUGUUAGCUUAGCUUUUUUUAGCUUAAUCAACUAGCUAGCAUGCAUUUAGAAGAUAAGCAUCAACUUAUGUUAUCUUACAUUAAUAAUGUCUUUUUCUAUAAUGCAUUGUAAAUCACAUGAAGGUGGCAAAUUUGCAGAGCAUGUCCUUCAUGAGCACUGGCAUGAUCUCUCUCCGUCUCUCUCUUGCACACAUCAGGCACCUCAAUCUGAAAUUUUAGUAGUCUAAACUAAAAAGUUCACAAACUGCAACACACAUUUUUACUCUGCAACAGUUAUCAAAAAUAAAAUGUUAUUAUAAAUACUUCAUUAAAUUAUUUUAUUAGGAAUAAAUGCGGCCAAUAUUGUUGUGAUCCCUAAUUAGCUGCUCUUAUAAAGAAGCCAUAGCUAGUAAGCAGUUCUCUGGGAAAUAUGUCUACAUAAUUACUGCAUUAUUUGGAAAUGUUUCAGAGAAGAAAAUCUGGUCCCAUCUUGUGCUUCAAAGGGCUCAUAUUCUGCAUUUUUGAAUUCAACAUUUUUAUUACAUUUACAUGUGUGUGCUUUUAUGUACCAAAAACAGCCAUUGUACAUUUUUACAUGACAAUUUUUCAACUUCCCUUUAUUCCUUAGAAUUAAACAGUCUCCUUUCAUUACUGUGCUUUUAAGACUGAUAUGUGUAAAUGCUCUCUGUUCCAAUUGGCUGCCAUGUCUUGUGCUGAAAUACUCCCUAUAAUUUCAGUGUGAGAUGGUGGGGCUAACCUGCUGUAGACUGAACAGGCAGUUACGUGUUUGUUUUCAUGACAUCACAAAAAGAAUGAAUUCAAAACAGGCUGUUUUUCAGCUCAGUUUCCAUAUGUGGACUGUAUGGACUGAGAUUUGAACGAUACAUUUUUGAUUUUGUGGUUUAUAAACCUCUUCAAAUCCUUUUAUUUCAAAAAGGUGAGGAACAUUCAGUUUUCCAUGAUAUGGGCCCCUUAUAUUGAGAGUCUUCUUACCUGAUAGAAAUGUGGGAAUUAAAAAAUAUAUAAGUAAUACUUGUUGGGACGAUUGACUGAUUCUGUGCUGAUGUCUGUAAUCGAACUCUCAGCAGAAACCUGUCACUGCACGAGAUGCCCAUUUAUAGCCUACACCAAUUAUUCAUGGUAAUAAAGCCAUUGACCGUUUUAAUUGUGUUUACACCGAGAGUUAUGAGAAGCAGGGCUCACCUUUGGGCACAAUGCAGGCAAAUCCAUGAACCCAUCAUCAACAAACAAAGGCAACAGCCAAAAAUCAGAAGAACCAACGAAAUACACUUUGAAAUGAGGCUUAGAAUUACAUGAAAACUGCCCACCAAGAACAAAAUUAACUCCAGUGUCAUGAGUUCUACCCAUUUGUUUUGUCUUAAUUUACCAAAAAUUACCCUGCUUUACUGUAUACACACCUACACAUGACCAGAGAUACGUUUGUAUGCAUAUUUUGUAUUUGACUUUAAUUUGCUUGUAACCACAGAGAGUAAAGGCUUCACAUUCAUCUCCUCGUGCCUUAUGCUGCCAUCAUGCUCUACAGUCACUGAUAAAACUAUUUAAUGCUAGCUAGCUACCUAGAACAAGCUAGAAACAGAACACGUGCCAUUCAAAUGCACCUUCUCACUUCAUCCUCAACCUACAAGAAUCCCCUUUAAAAUCUGUAUAUGCCUGUUUGAUACAUCUUUAUUUAUUAAGUGAUGUUGAGGCAGUAGUGUUUUCCAGGUCCAGUUCUAGAUG